AUGGCGCUCGAAACCUCCAGGUUUUUGUUUGUGCUGCUCGUGAUCUCAGCUGCCACUGUGCUUUUCAUUUUAUCAUGGGGACAUUUCUCAGAAAGCAUCAGCUGGACUGCCGUGUUGGGAAACAGCAGACACAGAGGUGAAGACAGUCUGUUUGUCAGUGAUACUAAGUUACGGGAUGAAAAAGGAAGCACCACUCCACUUUCUGCAGUGUUCACAGAAACAAACCCAGCGGCAACGCUAAAAAUCAGGGCCUCUACCCACGCCGCUGUGGCUGAGACACCCAUGCCGGUCCUCUCCGUGAAGUCCUUCAAGAAGCUUCCUCUGUGGGAUUUUGAGGGCGUUUAUAACCAGGACGCCCCACCCAGAGAUUCUACGUGUGCCCAGUCUCUGCAAAACUCUGAGGAUGAGAGCUUCAGGGAGGCUUUUCUUCCCAACAUCCGUCUGUUUCUGCACAAAGACAACAUCAACAUGAGCGAGUGGAAUCGGCUUUCACACUUUAACAACCCCUUUGGAUUUAUGGGGUACAAGUAUGAGGAUGUGAUGGCUUCAGUGAAGCUGAUCCCAAAGCCUCAAGAGCCACUACUCCACCCAAAGCCGGGCAGCGAUGGCUGCAUACGCUGUGCUGUGGUGGGCACUGCAGGGAUCCUCAACGGCUCCAAAAUGGGGAAAGAAAUCGAUGCUCAUGAUUACGUUUUCCGGAUGAACGGAGCAGUCAUCAAAGGUCACGAGGAAGACGUAGGAAGCAGGACGUCGGUGUACGUUCACACAGCCCACUCCAUGACUAUGUCGCCGUAUUUGUUCAAGAAGUACGGAUUCACAUCUGCGCCUCAUGAUGAGGGCAUAAAGUUUGUCAUGAUUCCUGAGGGGAUGAGGGACUUCAACUGGCUUGAGGGUCUCCUCAAGGGAGAGAGGAUCUCAGCCGGCCCAUAUCACAACAAACGGCCGAGGACGUACUAUGGCGGGCAGUACAAUGAGAGACGCUUCUACGUCCUGCACCAGGAUUUCCUCAGAUACGUGAGAAACAGGUUCUUAAAGUCCGCUAAUCUGAACUCUUCAUACUGGGCGAUAGUCAGACCAACCAACGGAGCAUUCACUGUCCUCCUGGCUCUGCACACCUGUGACACUGUGAACGCAUACGGAUUCAUGACUGAGGACUACAAGAAAUACUCUAACUACUACUUUGAGAAUACUAAAACCAAUGUUGUUUUUUACAUCAACCACGACUAUAUCCUGGAGAAGAAUUUAUGGAAAAAACUACACAACGGCAAAGUAAUUAGGCUAUUUCAAAGAACGAACUCAGAAAAAGGGACAGAAAAGCCAAAGUAA